AUGAGCCCAAACGCUGCUACUGAGCAAGGAGAGGCUCUGCGUCCUGCUGAGGCGACUAACGGCACCAUGAGAGGGCUACCGAACGGUGUGGCGUCAAGGGAACUUCAGACCUUGACGAGCGGAUCCCGAGGUAGCGCGGAUAGCAUAAACCCUUCUGUGAAUGAGGGCGUCUUGGCCACCCAGCCGGGUGGGUCGAGAUCCGAGGCUCGUGCGCUGACUGAGGUUCCCGCGCCUGGGAGAGUUCAGGCCUUCGUUCCUGGACAGCAAGCGAUGGGAAGUCAGGCUUCAGUGGCGGCUGCUAUGGCUUUGCAAGAUGGGAGUGUGCAUGCUGUGAGGGCUGAUAUGGAGGUGCAGCAGGGCUCCUCUUCGUUGACUGUUGUGCGCUGGAUUUCAAGGUUGAACGAUUUCUUGGCGACACAGAGUCAGUCGGCUAUGUUGGAAGGGGUCCUCGAGGAGAACCUCAGGAGGAACGAAGUUUCUGGGAGCCACGCCAACGGAGGCCAGAAGGGCAAGAUGGUCCUCGGCAUCAUGGAGAUCCUCAGAGUGGUUUCCAACGGAGGCCAGAAGGGCAAGAUGGUCCUCGGCAUCAUGGAGAUCCUCAGAGUGGUUUCCAACGGAGGCCAGAAGGGCAAGAUGGUCGUCGGCAUCAUGGAGAUCCUCAGAGUGGUUUCCAGCAACCAGAAGGGCAAGAUGGUCGUCGGCAUCAUGGAGAUCCUCAGAGUGGUUUCCAGCAACCAGAAGGGCAAGAUGGUCGUCGGCAUCAUGGAGAUCCUCAGAGUGGUUUCCAGCAACCAGAAGGGCAAGAUGGUCGUCGGCAUCAUGGAGAUCCUCAGAGUGGUUUCCAGCAACCAGAAGGGCAAGAUGGUCGUCGGCAUCAUGGAGAUCCUCAGAGUGGUUUCCAGCAACCAGAAGGGCAAGAUGGUCGUCGGCAUCAUGGAGAUCCUCAGAGUGGUUUCCAGCAACCAGAAGGGCAAGAUGGUCGUCGGCAUCAUGGAGAUCCUCAGAGUGGUUUCCAGCAACCAGAAGGGCAAGAUGGUCGUCGGCAUCAUGGAGAUCCUCAGAGUGGUUUCCAGUCUAGUGUUCCUACAGGGCAUGCGUGUGGUCAGUCCGGUGGUGGCGCUCAGGGAGAUGGCGGUCGUGUGCGGAAGGAUAUCUCAGGCGAUGUCUAUGAUGGUCCACCAGGUCUGCUUGGCGUUGGAGGCGGCGAAGGUCGGAAUGUGA